ACAUACACAUAGGGUACAUCAAAAGUCUCUUCUUUGAUAUUUCCUUGUUCCUCACUUGAACCGGAAGUCGUUCUUGUUCUUGUCUUAUCUGUGCACCGAGGAUCGAAGAGCGAGGCGUGAGCUCUGAGGAGUCAUCUGAUCUGAUACAUUACAAGAUCAGUGGAAUUUCAUACCAGAGUGAAGACAGACAGCGCACAGUAGCGGCUUCACUGGGGCGCAUGGAAGUUUCUGGAAAAGCAGAGAGCUGUCCGGGGGUGAAGUUGAGGGGAGACGGCAAACUUCCUCUGAGAGCUGCCACGUCCGAGCCCACUCCCAGCACCACUUCCUCUGGAGCACGUAGCUUAAAGGACAGCAGCGGAGGAGAGGGAUACACUUGAAUUAAUUAACGAUCUGCCAUGCAGCCCAGGCUUCCUGUCUAUAUCCUUAUUUCUUUGCCAGUUCUCCUGGUGCAAGGCAGCACUGCUGGCUCAUCCAAGAAGAGCUCUGCUGUCCCAGUCAGCCCUCCACCUCGCCCGCCUCCUCCACUGGGUGACCCCAGCUGGGCUCUGGGUCUGCGCCUGUACCAGGCCCUCCGCUCUGACUCAAGCUCGAUAAACACCCUCUUCUCCCCUCUGCUCGUGGCCUCCUCACUGGGAGCGCUGGGUGGAGGUUCAGCAGGCACCACUGCCAGCCAACUCCAAGACCUCCUCAAGACCCCAUCUCCUGCCAAGGCUGGAACCCGUGCUGGUGAGCUUCUGUCCGUGGCGUUGAAGAGCUUCACGGAGGCCAAUGGGACCAGCUUUCACCUGCACACAUCCUCAGCUCUGUUUUCCAAGCAGGCUCCUCCAGUCAGCCAGACGUUUGUGAAGGAGAGCCAGGCUGGAUUCAGGCUGCCGCAUCAGCCGCUGGGGAAAGGAGACUCCAAGGCGGACCUGAAGCAGCUCCAUGGCUGGGCCAAAGCUGGGCUUGGUGGCCUGGAGGGAGCUCCUUUAGCAGCUGAAGUCCAGGCUAAGGCUGGAGCCAUGAUACUGGCCAAUGCCAUGCGCUUUAAAGGGCUGUGGGAGAGAGAGUUCAGCGAGGAGAGCACAGAUCAUCGUACCUUUUUGGGGAAGAAAUAUACCAAAGUGAUGAUGAUGCACAGAGCAGGUUUGUAUCGUCACCAUGAAGACAUGGAAAACAUGGUGCAGGUUUUAGAGGUGCCUUUAUGGGGAGGCAAGGCCAGUAUGGUGCUCUUGAUGCCCUUCCAUGUCGAGAGUCUGGCGAGGUUGGACAAGCUUCUGACCCUUGAGCUGCUGUCCAAGUGGCUGGAGAAGACAAAUAUAACCAGUGUGGCCAUCUCGCUCCCCAAGGCCAACAUCACCAGCACACUAAGUCUGCAGAAACAGUUGUCUGCUCUGGGCUUGACCGACGCCUGGGACCAGAAGGUGGCCGAUUUCUCCGUGGUGUCGGACAAGAGCAAGGGGAAACUCCAUCUGGGUGGCGUCCUCCAUUGGGCUUUCCUGGAGCUGGCUGCUCAAGCUGGGGAAGGAGACGCAGAUCUAGAGGAGGAGAACAUAGAAAAGCCCAAGCUGUUCUACGCUGAUCACCCCUUGAUCAUCUUUGUUAGAGACAACGCUACUGGAGCCCUGCUGCUGAUGGGAGCUCUGGACCAUGUAGAGGGAGAGGCCCUCCAUGAUGAACUUUAGCACCCUCCAACAUCUAUCCUUUUUGCCUUUCUUUUUUGUCUCUUUCUCUUACACAAUCCCCCUCAAAGACUAUACACCGGUUUCUAAGGCGAGACAUUGUCAUUCACUGUGACACACUAUCACAUCAGACUACGGCUGACUGUCACACAUUGACACUGCAUAGUCUCCCGCUGACUGACACUGACAUUGCCAUACCCGACACUUACACAGUCGCACAGGCAUAACGAUACCUACAUGGCAUACAUAAUGAAAAUACUGUACAAGACAUUACUAAAGUUGACAGAUUCAGCAAAAACACUAACUUGAAGAGACUCCCUGCAUUUUCUCUCGCCCACGCGUGUGCACGCCCACACACAUUCAAGGCCUCAAUGAUCAACUCAACAACAACAAAAAAAAAAAAAAACCCAAAAAUGACAAACAAGAGUGCACUGACAAACACUAACAUGCUGACAAGCAGAAGUAGUUAAACUGACACAACACUUACAGCAGCGUCAACAAAGAACUUUAACGAACAGAGGCUCGCAGCGACACUUGAAUCCUCCCUGCCAGGCAAACACCAGGGCAGGCGAAUGUGUGUGCGUGGUGACCCAACAGAUCAAGGGUGCCCAUGCGGUCGCUCUCGGAGCUGGCAGGAACCUAUGGCGGUGUCCCCUGGGCUACAUCUGAGGAAGACUGAUGGAUCAGCCAAGUGCUUAUUGAUGAGCCAGCUUAAUGCUAAUAGCCGUAAUGAGUCACAACGCUUGUCAACAACACGGAGAGGACAGGGAACCUUUUAAUCUCUUAAUACCAUCAGGGAUCAAUGACACUGUUAUGCUGCUAGAAACAAACAUGACUGACAUCGCUUGAGUUUAAUCUUAAAACAGUUUAAUAUUUAGGGUGAUUACAGCAAUUUAGAGAGGUAUUGAUUUUCAUUUGUACAUUUGUUUUUUUGAAGCACAGGAGUGGAUGGUUGAGAUAUGUGAAUGACCUACAGUAGCUACUGUGUAUGUUUGAUAUUUGAUAAGGUAAAUUUUUUUUAAAAUGUG